UCAAUUCUGUUUACAUUGCGGUUGAUUGCGAUCGAAACGUCAACGUUGGUGUUUUGGUGUUUGCAGAUUUCUCGAAACGAGAUCCUUUUUUUCCAACGGAUGUUUGUGACUUUCUAUUAUAAAGCUGUCCAACCUCGACGAAUAUAAAAAAUGGCAAAUCAUUGAGAGAAACAGCGCGUAAAUUCAACAUUCCGCGCACAACGCUGCUGCGUCAUAAACGCGCAAAUGAUAAUAUAGCUGGCACAGAAACACCAUCAGUUUCAACAUCAACAGAAGCAGCACCACCCUUGACAACAAGUGAUAUACAAAUUCGAGGGAAAGGCCGUUUAACAGUGUUUGAUAAAGAACAAGAAAAAUUUUUGGAAGAAUAUUUGCUGCAUUGUUCGAACAUAUUUUUGAGUAUGACUUCUAAAGAAGCUCGUUUGCUGGCGUACCAAUUUGCAAGCAAAGUGCAUAUUGAAAUGCCGGAAAAUUGGAAAAAGGAUCAACUUGCAGGGCUUGAGUGGUUUCGUGGCUUUAUGGGACGACAUCCGAACUUUUCAUUACGAACGCCAGAAGCUUAGGUCGAAAAGGACCGGAAGCGAGCCAGCAUGCCGGAGCCUGUGAAUCACCAGGUGAACGCCGCUCGUAAGACGUUCCAGACUCUCUAUCAGAUCUCCAAGCUGCUGAACACGAAUCUCGACCCAACCACCCUGAGCAUCUGCAUCAGGCUAUGCGAGAACGGGGUGAAUCCGCACGCCCUCGCAACCGUGGUAAAGGAACUCCAGCGAGAGGUCAGGGCGAUGAACGAUGCGCAGUUGGAACCAUCUGCCAAGACUAGUGCGACCAAGUAAACGCGAAAUAAAUAUGACACUGCUCUCUGCUGCCCAUUCCGCACUCUCCACAGAAUUUCCAUCUUGCGUUGUUCAAUAAAUGCUCUCGAAUGUAGCUAGCGUAUAUAAGAUUAUUUAUUAUACGAUUUAUAUUUAUUAUACUAAUAAACGCACUGUAUAAAUUUAA